AUGCACGCUGUCACGCCUGUAAAUGUUCAUGUUGAAAGUGACUGGCAUGGUAGUCGUCAUGGUGGAUCGUAUGUUAAAAAGAGUACUACACCAGUAAAUCGUGGAGGGCGUCAAGCAACUAGAAUGCGUACAUGCGUAACCAAUAAAGUUAAAACAAAACCUUCUCAAAUUCCUCAGCCAGUUGCUCAACCGAAACAGGUUGUGCCUGUUAGUUCUCGUAGUCCAUCACCUAAUCGAGAUCGAUGGGUUCCACCGCCAGGUCGCUCAACUAAAUUACAGAAGUUUUCUUGGCAGGGCUCAAAAGGACGCUUGGAAAUCAAUCCUACUAUUGAUAAUAUUGUUAGUGAUGAUGUUGAUGAUGAAGGUAGUCAAACAAAUGAGCAUGAUAAACAAAAGCAACAGAGUCAAAUACCAAAUGUUUUGAAAGAGCAAGAUGAAAAACUUCAAAAUGAAAUCCAAACAUAUGAAAAACGUAUUCAAGGAUUAAUUGAAAAUGUUGGAAUGUUGAAAGAGAAAGCACGAAAUCGUCUUAAUCAAGAGCAAGCUGAUCAACUUCGUGAAGAUAUUAAUUCAUCAAUACGUAAUCUUGAACAAUCUCAACGAACAACAACAUCAACAGCAAACAUAUAUCCAUCACGACUUUCUCAUUCAUCACCACCUUUACGUGAUAAUCAUCGUUCAGCAAGUGCUGAUGAACAACGAAACUAUCGAGCAACAUCCAAAAUUUCGUUUAAAGAUGAUCCGCUUGGGGACAGACGACGUGCACGUAGUACAACACCAGUACGAGGGCCGAUUUAUCUCAAUCCAGACCGUGAACGUCUAUUAAUAUCAUUAUCAGAAUCUGAAGCCGACAUUUCACAAAUUACUAAACAAUUAUCAUCGGUUAAAGAUAUUCUAACAAAACUUAAACUCGACGAUCAACCGAUAUCAUUCGAAGUCGAACAACUACGCCAACAUCGUAAUCAAUUAUUGCAUUUAAUUGAACAAUUUGAAUAUUCAAAUAAUAAACUUAAAGAUUUUAUUCGACAUCAAUAUCAUUUAGAAGCUGAACAUGGUAUUAUCAAUGAAAAGAAUGACACCAUCUUAACACGUAUACAUGAGCUUGAAAGUGAAAAUGGACAAAUAAGACGUCUUUUACUUGAUCGAGAAAAUGACAAUAUUGCUUUACAAACAGAACUUGAACGUAUAAGAACGCAUGCUAUUGGAUUUGAUACAAUGAAAACAUCACUAGAACAAAAUCGUGCUCAUCUUCAACGAGAGCUUUACGCAAAGGAAGGAGAAAUUAAUCGACUUCAAUGCGGUCUAAGGUCAUUGGAACGCGAUCUACAACGUAGUCGCCAUCAAUGCGAUAAUCUUCAUCGGUCCAUCAGACGUACACCUAUGUUCCCUAAUGCAUCAUCGUCCACUGCUCCCGCUGUUGUUGCUAAAACCAAAGGAUUAACCGUUGAAAAGUUACAAGCUCAAUUAAUGGAUCGAGAUCGUCAAAUAGAGGAACUCGAAAGACAAAUAUAUGCUGAUCCCAAUGAAGUAUUAGUUGACGCACAAUCUGAAAUCGUUCGCUUACGCACUAAACUUGAACAUGCUGAACGUUUAGUUGGCGAAUAUAAAGAACAAUUACAUACCCAAACAUUGAAAGCAUCGGUUGAUAAUAGUAAAACACAUUUAUCUGAAAUAGACUUUGAAAAAAUGCGUGUUCGAUUACAAAAACGACUUGAGGAACUUGAACCAUUACCCGAAUACUUACGACAAGCUGAAAUGAAAAAUCAAGAACUUGAAACACGUCUUCUUGAACAAGACAGACGCUUAGCUGAUCAAUCUUCUCUUAUUCAUGAACUUACUUCAAAAAUGAGUACACAAAACCAAAUUAUUGAUAGAAUAAAAGAUAGUAAUUAUUCAUUCGAUGAUGAUUAUAGAGGGCUUCAACAAAAAAUUGAUGGUCUUCAACGACAAAUGAUAACUUUGGAAGAAGACAAUGAUAAUCUAUUAAGAAAUCUCAGUGCUAAAGAAGAAGCAUUACGAAAUACUCAGUCUCGUCUGAAUGCCAAGUCAUAUGAAUUAGCAUCAAUGAACAAACAAAUUAGUUUAACACAAACAGAUAUUAAAGCUCGAGAAGAUUCAUUUGGUUCUAAAGAACGUCUUUUUCAGCAACGAAUAAGCGAUCUUGAGCAACAAAUAUCAAAACUUCGACUUGAAUGUACUCAAUUGAAACGCGAAAAAGAUGAAGUCGAACGACGUUAUACGUCUCAGUUAGGUGAGCUACGGGAUAAACUUGAACAAUCAAAUAAUAAUAAUCGAUCUAUGCAAAAUUAUGUGAACUCUCUUAAAACGACAUACGCAAGCGUGUUUAAUGAUGCACUUCCACCACCAUUUACGACAACAUCUUUGACACAAUUUACAAAAGCACCUAGUGUAUAUCCGUGA